GAGUUGAAUGAAAACGUGCUAGCAAGUAAGUAGUGCUACUUGAGGGAAGCCAAAUGCUUAGCCUAGGCCGUCACAUGAAAAGUGGCGUAUAUAUAUACCCAUGUAAAUUGUAAUGAUGAUCUGAGUUGAUUUCGGUGGUGUGGAAGUGAAUCGAAUAACAAACAGAGACAGAGGAUCCAGAAUUGAAAUGCCUGUCCGAAAGUUUUCACAUCUCUUGUGUCUGUUUUUGUUGUCUAUGAUUGUUGUAGCUUCGGCGAGUGGUUACGGCUACGGCUCGAAACCGGAUGUGGAGAGCUCCAAGUCCUCGGGUACAAGGAAAAAGUUUCUCCCGGGGGUGUUUAGCGUACAGGGGAUGAUUUACUGCAAAUCCGGCUCUAAGGUCUUCCCACUCAAAGGAGGCGUGGUACGGAUAACAUGCCUAGGCAUCGACAAAGACGGCUACGAAACGGCUCCUUUCUCCAUCUUGAGCCGCCCAACGGACGCCAACGGCUACUUCUUCUCCAAGCUAUCAUCUCAGCUGCUGGAAGACGACGGCGUCAAGAUCUCCCAGUGCAAGGUCUUCCUACACAGCUGUCCCCUCAAAACCUGCCCAGUGGCGACCGACGUCAACAAGGGCUUGAGCGGUGCGCCGCUUUCUGCUUAUCGACCCAUCGGCUUCAACAACAUGAGGCUGUACUCUGUCGGGCCAUUUGUCUACAGUUCCGAGACCCAGAAAAGUUUCCCCUACGGUUACUGAGAGAGAGUCCAAGUGUGUGGGCCUACUCUUAUUUUGUAGAUUAUACAAACGUCUAACCCAAUUGUUUUAGGCCCAAACUACUUGGGCCUUGGCCCAAUUAAAAAACUUGGGCUUGGUUUUUCUGGUAAACUUAUUAGUAUUUGGACUAUGGGCUUCUGGUAGUGGAAAUUUUGGGUGGUUGGUGUCAUGUUUUUUCAA